UAACUUAACAUUUUUUUUACGUAAGAGUUAAUAUUUUGGCCGAACUGUCCAUCAUAUAUGGCUAGCUUAGUAAGCAACGAAUCUCUUUCGAACUUGAUUGGAAGGUUGUUUUUUACCAAAUGUGUCCUUUAGAUUUUACCCUUUUAAUAAACCUUCCUAACGUGAAAAUUCCUUGCCCCGUCGCACACCGAGUUACCAAAAGUUCAUCACUCUACCGCCAAUGGCGUUAAGUUAGAAAAUCUUUAAAUGUUUCAUCGCUGACUUCAUUCACUCGGUGUCUUCACUGUUCAUUUGGUUACAGUAAAUCGCACCCAUUGAACUGUAGAUAUUUGUAUUGCAAUAAAAUUCGUGUACUAUACAUAUUUUAUAUUUAUUAACGGUAUCAUUCGCAAAGUAAUAUAUUUAUUUAACGUGUUGAAUUAUUUUGAUUCGAACUACAGUAGUAUAUCAUAAACAAUGUCACGUAUAAGAAGACUUUCAUUACGGGGUAUUCGUAAUUUCGGCGAUGAAAACGAAGAAGCAAUAAUUCGAUUUUCUCGACCACUGACACUUAUUCUUGGUCCAAAUGGCACUGGAAAAACAACAAUUAUCGAAGCACUGAAAUAUGUCACUUGCGGCGAAUUUCCUCCCAAUUCAGAGCGUGGAAAAUUCUUUAUACACGACCCGGCUUUGACAAUGACAUCCUCGGUCCGAGCUGUUAUAAAGGCCGAAAUAGUGGAUAGAAAAGGAAAUAUAAUUACAAUAUGCAGAACACUAGAAUGCUCUAGAAUAACUGGGACACAAAAAUUAAAGACCCUUGAUAAUACAUUGAGUAGACUGAACAAGGGUACAGACAAGGUCGUAUCGAUCACCAACAGAUGCGUUAAUGUCGAUACAGAACUUUCAUUAAUAAUGGGUGUGUCCAAACCAAUUUUGGAUUACGUUAUAUUUUGCCACCAGGAAGAUCUGAGUUGGCCAUUUAACGAGGGCAAAAAAUUAAAAGAAAAAUUUGAUGAAAUCUUUGACAGCACAAAUUACAAUAAAGCAAUUGAAAGUAUCAUAAAACUGAUGAAAGAAUAUACUACAAAGUUGAAAUUAUUACAAGAAGAACAAAAUUCAUGUCGUAUAAUCGUUUCUCAAGUAGAAGACAAAGAAAAAACAUUGAGAGAUCAGAGAAGACGAUUGAAGACUGCAAUAGAAAAAGUAGAGGAAAUUAAAAAUGAAUUGGAACCUUUAGUUCGGAGAAUUAAAAAUUCUGAAAAAGUGGCUACUAACUAUAAAGAGUUACAAAUUCGAGAAAAAAGCAAGAAAACAGAGUAUAAUUUAUGUAAACAGCACAUAGACAGAUUAGAAGAAAAUAUAGAAGAAGAGUUUGAUGGUUCGAUGACAGAAUUAUUUGCUGAGAUAGAAACGUUUGAUGAAAAAUUAAAAGGAAAAGUUGAUACCAUAAAAGAGUUUCAGACAAGAGUAAAAGAAAUUACUGAAGAGGAGACCAAGAUAUCAAAUUUAUUAGCCAGAGAAAAUGUCACCAGUGGUUCUUUAAAACAACAAGUUAAAGAUCAGGAAAGAAAAGUUACUAAUCGCAAUAAAAUAUUAAAUGAAGCAUUAAUGGCAUGGCAACUGGAUACUAUAGAUUCUAGUGUUUCGGAAAUAGAAGUUCUAGCUUUAACCAAAAGAUUACGAGAAAAAUUCCAAGAGUUAGAACACAUUGGAGAGGACAAUAGAGCAAGAAGAGCAGGAGAGGAAAAAGAAUUACAAAAACAAGUGGACAUACUGCGCAAUGAAUAUUCGAAAAGUGAAUCCGAAAAAAAUAUGAAAGAAAGUGAAGUAGUUGCUACGAGAGAUGAAAUUCAUAAAAUAAAAUUGGAGAAAAUACGGCUUGGAGAUGCUGCUAAUAACUUAAACACCAUAGAAUCCAAAAUGCAAACGGUAAAAACUAAAAUUGAACAUUUGAAUGAAACAUUGAAUGUAAAUACAGCGAAGGAGGAAGUUACUGGUAAAAUAAAAUUAAGAGAUGAAACCGAAGCGAAGUUGAACGCUGUCGACGAGGAAAUAACUUCAUUAUUAAAACAAAGUUCGUUACAAGCCGAACUGGAAUUGCAUAAUAAUUCAUUAGUAUCGAAGGAAAAGGAAUUACAGAAGUUAAAAGAUAAAUAUGAAGAAAUUAUAAAAAACUUAGUGGAUGUCAAAGAACUGACACAAAUUAAAUUAAAAAAUAAAGUAGAUACAACUCAAAGAGAAUUGACAAGCCAAAUAGAAUCUAUUAAUCACCAAAUUCAAAUGGAAGAAAUUCGAUCUAAUACAUUACAAACAACAAUAUCGCAUGUUGAGAGUGAGCUUCAUAAAAAAAGGAAGGAAAUAGAAUCUGACAAAGCACAAGUUUCUUUGUUUUGUAAAUAUCAAGAUUUUGAUGAGUCUGUGUUAUUGCAAUCCAGAAAAUUAAAAGAUUUACAAGAUAAAAGAGGUUUAUAUGCUCAUCAAGGAGUUGCUUAUAAGGAUUAUAUAAAACAAUUGAAGGAAACAAGUCCUUCUUGCCCUUUAUGUCACAGAGGUUUUGAAGAACGCCAAGCUGUUGAGAAUUUGUUAAGGGAAAUGGAAAACGAAAUGGAAAGCCACCCAAACCGUUUAAAAAAAUGUGAAUCAGAAUUGGAAAUACAGCAAGAAAAAUAUGAUAAGAUGUUGCAGCUGAAACCAGUGAUCGAAAAAAUAGUACACUUUGAAGAAAAUGAGCUGGAAAAUUUAAUGAAUAAUUUAGGAAAGUCUAAAUCUGAACUAGCAAAAUUACAGACGUCUAUAACGGAAUUAAAAAACAAGAAAUCUGAUCCCGAAAAGAGAUUAACGUUGACCCAAAAUAUCAUGAGUGAUAUUGUGUUAUGGGAUAGAUGCAUUGAUGACAUAACAAAACAUAAACAGACGAUUGAUAGUUUCAAAACACGCAUGAUUAAUGCAGGCAUUAAAUCAGAGCGUAGCAUUGAAGAAGCUCAAAGAGAAAGGGAUGAGUUGAAAACGCUAUUGAAAACCAUUCGUCGUGAUAUCGAAAAUUUGCAGUCCUCGAUAAAUACACAGAAUGAAAAACUGUAUAACGCUCGGGAGGAAUUAAACGCAUUACAUGAAGAACAAUUAAAAAUACGUGCAGGUGUGCAAGAAGUAAAACAGUUACAAGAGAAACUGGAAACACUAUACUCGAAGGAGGUUUUGUUGGGGAAAUUGGUGGAUGAUUUGAAGCAAAAAUGUACAGUAGCCGAAGGCAAUCUAACUUUAGGAAUCGAAAAAUUAGAGAAGAAGAAGAAAGAAAAUUGGGAGAAACAGGAAAUGGAUAGAAAAAUAUUAGCUGAAGGGUUUAGACGUUUAUCCGAUUUAGAAAAAAUACAAGAUGAUGUCGAUGCAUUUGUGUACCGUAAAAUUCCUGAAGCUUUAGAACAUUCCGAAAAUAAGAUCAAACGUUAUGAAAUCUCAAUUAAGAAUUUUCGAUCUGAGAAAAGCAAAUCUGAAGCAGAUAUAAACAAACUGAAAGAACAAAUCACUCUUCACGAAGUUCUAAAAAGAAAUUUAUCUGAUAAUGUACAGUUACGGAGAGAGAGGGAGAAAUCUAAAACUUUACAACAAGAAUAUUCAGAUUUAAGAAAUGAGUUGAUGUCUAUAAAUUAUACUCAAAUUAUGGAAGAGUUGCAGAACAUGUGCGAGCGAGAAGAAGUCCUCCUGAGACAGAGAAACAUCUCAAUAGGUAACCAAGAGGAAUUAGAACUAGUCGUAGAGCAGGGUACAACAGAAUUGAAGCAGGACCUGUACAAACUAGCACAUAAAAGAUAUAAGAGAAAAUGUAUAGAGAUAACGACUGUAAAACAAACGAUAUCAACUUUGAAAGUGUACAGUCAAACACUGGACAGAGCUGUCCUAAAAUUUCACGAAGACCGUAUGGCAUCGGUCAACAGAAUUAUGAAGAGGCUGUGGAAACUUGUAUAUACUGGUUCCGAUACUACUUCCAUAGAAAUUCGUACGGACGCUACCAAAUCUGUAGGUGGUGCAAAAAGAUCAUACACCUAUAAAUUGGUUCAAACAAAACAUGGUCAUGAAAUUGAUAUGAGGGGUCGCUGCAGUGCUGGACAAAGAGUUCUAGCCUCUAUAAUUAUAAGACUUGCCUUAGCGGAGACUUUCUGCAAAGAUUGCGGAAUUCUUGCCUUGGACGAACCAACAACAAAUUUAGAUCAAGAAAAUGCAGACAGUUUAGCAGAUGCAUUAGCCACUGUUGUCAAAUUACGAUCCCAAUAUCAGAAGAAUUUUCAACUGGUCGUAAUUAGUCAUGAUGAAAGGUUUUUAUUCAAAUUAGCUGAAUUAAGUGAAAAUAGAGGCUUCCAUCAACUAUUCAGAAAAAAAAAUGGAUACUCGUCAAUUAGAUACUGCCAAGUGAAUAACCAAAAUUUGGGAACGAAUGAUGUAAAAGAACCACUAUCGUCUGAAGACGAAUGUAUGGAAAGCAUAGCACAAUUGCGAAAUAAAGCGGAGGGAAAUUCACUCAAAAAAUUUUGUAGUGAUAGUUUAUAUCAGAGAAAAAGAUCUUCUACUGGACAGAUUGAUAGCAAUGAUCAUACUGAAGCUACAACCUCGAAGAAGAGAUAUGUUCUGGCUAUAUAAGACCUGCACUCUACCUCAUUCAAUGCUAUAAUUGCCUUGUUAAAUUUAAAAAACAUAAUCUUAAAAAAGUAUAAAUAUGUAUUGGUCCUGUUAUUGAAUGUUAUAAAACAAAAAUUCCCAUGUGACAGAUGAGGAGCACUUGUCAUUCUAAACAACCUCAAUCUGUUAUAGUACUGUGUUAAUAACAAUCUAACACAUAUCAAUAAUUUUGCCGACUUCUACUGAUGAAACAAUAUAUGCAAUUAACAAUACGAA